AUGGGACGACGAACGCCUACAGCAUCCCAGAACUUCCUUUCGAGUGUGAUAUUGCCUUGUUUGUCCAUCUUGCUGAUACCGAUCACCGCUUCAGCAGUAGUGGUUUGCAUAGCUUACAACAAGCUUUUGAUUGGAAGUGCUGAAAGUAGAAUAGGAGAUCAUGUGAAGGUUCAAAAGGGAUUUGUAGUUAUUAGUGGAGGAAGGAUGUCAAAGGGCUUGACGCUUGCCAGAGCUUUCAAGAGAGCUGGCUGGAAGGUGAUUGGCGUAGAGGAAGAAGGUUGGGGUGAAUUGUGCCCGAUGCGAUACUCCGCAGCCAUAGACAAAUUCUAUAUCCUCCCAUCAGCCUCUCAGUCGUGCGAGCGAUACUCGAAGAAACUCCUCUCUAUCGUCGAGCUUCAUUCCGCAACUCUCUUUAUCCCUGUAUCUGGGGCAGGUUCAUCCGUCGAAGAUGCACGUGCAGCAGACGAGAUGUUUUCCGCGACGAAUGGUAGAUGUCGAACCUUCAUACAGGAUCCUGAGACUAUGGAGGAUCUGCAUGACAAGGACAAGUUCAUGAGCCUGGUGGAAAGAUUAGAAUUGCGCAUUCCAUCUGGUAAGAUGGUCAACAGUGUUGAAGAAGCACUUGCAUUCUUGAAGGCGGAUGACCAAUUUCUAGAACCGAAGUAUAUCUUGAAGUGUAUGGGUUUAGAUGAGAAUCGGGGAGAUAUGACUUUGUACCCCUUGAAGGCUGACGACAAGGAGCUCACUGAGACUAGGAAGUCAUUGGACAGUUUGAACCUGAAAAUCACAAGAGAAUGCCCCUAUGUCUUUCAAGAGUUCAUACCAGGUCAAGAAUGGUGUACUCAUGCAUCUGUCAUCAACGGUCAAAUCACUUCCUUCGUCACCUGCCCUUCCAACGAUAUGCUCAUGACCUACGAGAAUGCCACCAGUCAAGACAUCGGUAAAAAGGCAGAACAAUGGACCAAAACACUACUUGAAAAACUACAGAAGGAUCCAACACCUACUGGCAGACAACGCAAUCUGACUGGACACUUCUCAUUCGACUUCAUCGUCUCAACGAAGAAUGGUGAAAUGUAUCCUUUGGAAUGCAAUGCUAGAGUACACACAGCGGUGAUCAUGCUUCCACUAUCGAAGAUUGCGGAAUGUUACGAAGACAAGAAUCUUGUCAACAGAAUGAUACUCCGUCCUCCCGCAGAUACCGCCCCUCGAUCAUGGCUUUACAACGAUCUGAUCAUGCGAUAUCUCCCUCUGAUCGUAUCUUCCCACGAGACCAUUGCCAUGAUCCACCCAUCACUUCCUGCAUGUGCGCUGAAUCCACGAAAGAAGCACACAGUCCGACCCAGCGAGAAACCCCUCAAAUGGAGGAAAGACCCAACCCUUGUCUCUGACGACUGGAUUCCUUUCGUUGUGCUUUGGCAUGUGUACUGGCCAUACUUGUUGCUUUCUAGGUGGUGGAAGGGAAAGAAGUGGACUAGGCUUAAUGUCAGCACUGGUCGUAUUUUCGAGGCCUAG